GGUCUCAACCACUAUGAAGUUAUGCAGUAGACUGUUCAUCGUCCUCUGCGCCGACUUAUGUACUUUGACUUUAUCAUGGGUCGUCCCAAACAACGAAGCCACUCGUCGACGAGUGGGCAUUUUGAACGCAAUCAAAAUGCCGUGGGAUGCUGCUGGCAAACAAGCGUCCAAGACUCCUUCCGCGUCGGCAACCUCACUGUCGGGCAUACAAGCAUCCAACAAGGCAAAGAUGGAGAUUUUAACUCUCGGUGCGACUCUUGACCGUGGCCAAGCGUACAACCCAACAUCAGGAGAAUAUUAUGCGGAUCGUAUGGAAAUUGCCAAACAAAAGAUCGGCGAGUUCGUUCGAAACAAUCCCAACAACGUCCCCAAAGAUAUCGAAGAAAUUAAAGGAGAAUGGGAAUUGAUCCUAACCACUGUCAAACACGGCAUUUUCCGCUCCAGUCCAUUCUUCCUCGCAAUUCAAGAGUCGUACGAAGAGUACGCCGCGGUCAAGGAAUCCUUCGGUAUGCCCAAGGCUGAUUUAUUUUUCAAGCUCCAUGAAUUACAAACGUGCUCUUGGGGCGUCAGCAAAAUUGGUCGUGUCGCCCAGCACAUUACAUCAACAACGCUGUAUUCCGAAUUCGAUACAUCUAUUUUUAGUUUGACCGUCAUUCCAAUUCUGGGAUGGUUUAAACUUCUGCCAACCUUUGGUGGUUGUGUUGUGACAGUGGCUUCUGCGGAAUUGGUCGAUGGCGGCCUUCUGAAGAUGAAGGUCGACUAUACAACGGCUCGCAAAGUUCCCGGACUGAAUGGAUUGGGGGAGUGGAUUUGGAAUGUUCGGGUUCCGGUCGGUGCCAUUUGGAAGCGUUUGCCGUGGAAUGCGGGCCGCGACGCGACAUGCAAGGUAUACGUACGCUACAUAGACAAUGACUUCCGGAUCGUUCAGGAUGUAUCGGGUGACUACUUUGUUUAUACACGGCCAGUUGUACCGCGUUCGUUGGAUUUGGUCUCCGAGGAAAGCGACUCGGGCAAAUGA